GGGAGCCCUGGGUUCGCUUGCCGCGCGGACAGGUGGCAGGUGGGCGCCGCAGCCCUCCUCCUCCUCCUCCUCCGCCGCCGCCCCUCCCUCCCGGCCCGGCCCGUUCGGAGCGAGCGGAGCCAUGGAGGCGACCGCGGCCGGGGGAGCCGUCUCGCCCGGGGGCUGGUUCCGCGAGACCUGCAGCCUGUGGCCCGGGCAGGCGCUCUCCCUGCAGGUGGAGGAGGUGCUGCAUCGCCAGCGCUCGCCCUUCCAGGAGAUCCUCGUCUUCCGCAGCAAAACCUAUGGGAAUGUGCUGGUCCUGGACGGAGUCAUCCAGUGCACGGAGAGGGAUGAAUUCUCCUACCAGGAAAUGAUAGCCAAUCUCCCGCUGUGCAGCCAUCCGAAUCCUCGGAAGAUUCUAAUUAUCGGCGGUGGCGACGGAGGCGUCUUAAGAGAAGUGGUGAAGCAUCCUUCAGUUGAGUCAGUAAUACAGUGUGAAAUCGAUGAGGACGUGAUCCAGGCCUCGAAGAAGUAUCUCCCGGGCAUGGCGGUGGGCUACUCCAGCCCGAAGCUAACGCUCCACGUUGGGGACGGCUUUGAGUUCAUGAAGCAGAACCAAGAAGCUUUUGACGUGAUCAUCACCGAUUCUUCUGACCCCAUGGGUCCGGCCGAAAGCCUGUUUAAGGAAUCCUACUACCAGCUGAUGAAAACCGCCCUGCGGGAAGAUGGGAUCCUCUGUUGCCAAGGGGAAUGCCAGUGGUUGCACCUUGACCUCAUAAAGGAGAUGCGCCAGUUCUGUAAGUCUCUCUUUCCGGUGGUUGAGUACGCCUACUGCACCAUCCCGACGUAUCCCAGUGGCCAGAUUGGCUUCAUGCUUUGCAGCAAAAAUCCAAACACCAACUUCAGGGAACCAGUCCAGCUACUUUCCCAGGAACAAGUAGAGCAAAUGAGCCUUAAGUAUUACAACUCGGACAUCCACCGAGCCUCUUUCGUCCUGCCGGAGUUUGCACGAAAGGCACUGAGUACCGUGUAAAAAACGCCACCGGACAGCUUGGCCUCUUCCCUUGAACUUCUGGGGGGGGGUCCUCAAAAAGUGGGCAUCGCAGAUUUCCUUCCGCGAUGGUUCGGCCCUCCUCCUGUCUGCGCUCCAGGCACCCUCUCUGCCAGCUGGACGUUCCUUCCUGUUAUGUAUUUAAAGAGAAGGACUUGGCUUUUGGCCCCUGGUAAGCGUCCAGAAUAUCUGCUCGGGCCUGGGUGACAGGCUCUGCUGUUUCCAGGAUGGAGUAUUCACCCAGCUGCCCGCCGGCCUUUUUAACUGCCCCAACUUGUGGAUCUGUAUUUAUAGCUAACAAAUAUAUGCCUCCCUCUUG